UUUCGCGCAGUCAAUGGAGUCGUUGCGUGUUUCUGGAAAUGCAAACAUUUAUGAUAAUUCAUAAAUAGGGCAGAUUAUUAUAAUAAUAGUUUAUUUUAGUCAUCUUUAAGCGGAUACCUGCAAUUGUUUGUCGUCAGUAAGCGUCUCGUGUUUUGCGUGCAGUACGGUGUGCAGAUUCACCGCGGCCUGACGAUUAAUCCGCUAUUAGUAUUAAUACUUAUUAUAGUUUAGUUAUUAUUUAUUAAUAUAGGGUGUGCACUUAUGCAAAUAUGGCAGAAGAGGGAGCGGUCGUGAUGCAGCAGAUCGUAGAUAGGAGUUGUUGGGUGUGUUUCGCCACGGAUGAAGACGACCGUACUGCCGAGUGGGUGCGUCCGUGCCGAUGUCGCGGUUCCACUAAGUGGGUUCACCAGUCGUGUCUGCAACGCUGGGUGGAUGAAAAACAGAGAGGCAACAGCACAGCACGCGUCACCUGCCCACAAUGCAACGCGGAGUACCUCAUUGUGUUCCCUAAGCUCGGGCCUGUGGUCUAUGUUCUGGAUCUGGCAGACCGGCUGAUCUCAAAGGCCUGCCCGUUUGCUGCUGCUGGUAUCAUGGUGGGAUCCAUUUACUGGACGGCCGUCACAUACGGGGCUGUUACUGUUAUGCAGGUUGUGGGUCAUAAGGAAGGUCUCGAUGUGAUGGAACGAGCCGAUCCUCUCUUCCUGCUGAUCGGCCUGCCCACCAUCCCAGUCAUGCUAAUUCUGGGCAAGAUGAUUCGCUGGGAAGAUUACGUGCUCCGCCUUUGGAGGAAAUACUCCAAUAAGCUUCAGAUCCUCAACAGUAUCUUCCCAGGUAUCGGCUGUCCGGUCCCCAGGAUCCCGGCGGAGGCCAGUCCCUUGGCUGAUCAUGUGUCAGCUACACGGAUCCUGUGCGGAGCCCUCGUGUUCCCCACCAUCGCCACCAUCGUGGGAAAACUGAUGUUCAGCAGCGUCAACUCCAACCUUCAGAGGACAAUUCUGGGUGGCAUCGCAUUUGUGGCCAUUAAAGGGAUGUUUAAAGUUUACUUCAAACAACAACAAUAUCUCCGACAAGCUCAUCGCAAGAUCCUUAAUUUUCCCGAGGUGGAAGAAGCCUGAUCAUCAUGCAUCCAUCUAUUGUUAUUGGGAUUCAGACGGCUUUAAGAGACACAGCUGUGGUGCAUUACAAUAUUUUCACAGACUCCUCCCUGAGAUUGUGACGUGGGUUUUGAAUGUGAUCAGAAAUUCAGCUGCAUUUUUCUGUGUGAUACCAGAUUUGGGGAGUCGUGUGCUACUCAUUUUAUGAGGUUUGGUGUUUUAAGAAAAUAACUGCAAGAUGUUUUUUUUUAUUAUUAUAAAGUGGUUGUUUUUAUAACCGAUUGGACGGAUUGGAAAUGCUCAAUGUAUGACCCCACGUAACCAGACAUGAAGCACUUUUGCUGAUGUGUUUUUUUUCUUCUCAUUAACAGUUAGUCUAAUAAAUGCAUUAUGCUGUAAUAUUAAUGCAGACAGAAAUGGGUAAAUCAGAUAUUUGCAAAAAAAAAUUAUAAACUAUUUUAUGUGGCUGUUGUUGGAUAACUCGUAUGUAAAAAUGUCCAGGCUUUAAAGAUAGAUUUGCAAUAAAGCAGAUUUAAAAAUUGACCAUUUUUUGGCAUUGUGACAUUUUCAUGGCAUUAGAAUUUUUAUUCAGUAGCCUACAACAGAUACACAAUUUAUAUUUACAAUUGUGCUGUACCAUUUUUCAUCUUUUAUGUAAUGUUAUGAUAAUGAGGAACGAGAUUAUUUGAAUACUUUACAGAAUGUAGUUUGAGGUGACAAUGUGUUAAUGUUGUGUCACAAUGCAAAAAAUAAAGGUCUUAAAAAUAAGCUUCAUUUUCUUCCAAAUACUUUUUUUUUGAUGCCACAAUAAAAAUAUCACCUGGACUUUUCUUUAUAAUUUUGUGAAUAUUGUCCUGCUUUCACAUAAUGCAACUGAUAAUCCAAUUGUGUUCAUUUUGUGUUAUUGAUAUAAGUUUAAGGGAAUCACAAUUUUAUCAUUUAAAUAUAAAUGAAUAAUUAAGAGUUCACUUUGUUCAUUGCUCUUCACAAAUGAACAAUCAAACACCAUUCAGAAUGGCCAUGCUUUUUUUAGGAGACUUUGCUCUGCUUCGCUGAAUGAUCACUUCAUUAUUAAAAUAUUUUGGCACCUAAUGCAUCAUAAUUGUUGCUAUCAACACUGAUUUACUGAAAAAAAUAUCUUUUUUAGAGAUAGUGGCCUUUUUUAUUACACCAAUACAAUGCGUCUUUUUAAAGACCAUGUGGUACAGGUGUAUUUGGGUGAACAUGCCAAAUGUUGGAUUUUUAUUUUUUCCUUUUGUUUGACAUCUCUCUUGUGACUGUGAUAUAUCUGAUAAUAUAUUGAAAGCAGUAUGGAAAUGCAUAGUAUACAUAACUUUGUUUUUAAAGGUCAUUAGUUGCGGUACACUACAGUGAGUUGGUUAUAUGUAUGUGAUGAUGAGCGGUCCUCAUCCAGUGAUUUAUUCUAUAAUUUACUUUUUCACAUAUGACUUAUUUGUUCAUACAGGUAAAGCACAGAUUAUUGAUAGCAAAUGCUUAAAGGUGUUACUAUAGAGUAUUUCUGCACGAGUUGAACGACUUGGCAGUGUAUAAAUGUGAUUUUACAUUUUUCAUCAUUAUGAUUUGAAAUCAAGUAUGUUUAUAGGUUGUUCUGCAUAAGUUUUUUGUUUUGUUUUCAAAGCAUAAUGCCAAAUACAGAUCAUAUAUGUUGUAUAAAUGGAUGCGUUGUACAGAUACAGAUUCUGAAUUUAUAGCUUACUGGUUAAUUUAUGUAAAUAAAUGUAUUUUUUCCAAUG